ACAGCAGUGAGCCUCCUGUGUUUUUACUGUGUAUUCCGCUGAUGGGGCAGAGGAAACCCUGACUCACCUGGAGCCGGACUGUCCUCCACAGUGUUCCUGUUGAGACAGAGGCCAUCAAACCACUAUGAAGAGUCUGAAGGCAAAGUUUAAAAAGACUGAGAGCCAGGACUGGAGUAAGAGUGAUGAGAGGCUCCUGCAGGCUGUGGAGCAGAAUGAGCCCGACAAAGUCUCCGCUCUCAUCGUCAAAAAAGGCCUCUGUCCCACGAAGCUGGACGGCGAGGGCAAGUCAGCGUUCCACCUCUCUGCGUCCCGCGGCCGGCUGGACUGUCUGGAGGUCAUCAUCGCUCACGGAGCAGACGUCAACAUCACUGAUGGCGCUGGCUUCAGCGCCCUUCACCUGGCCGCCAAACACGGCCAAUCAGAGUGUUUAAAGAGGCUCCUACAGGAGAGAUUAUCAGUAGAUUGCACAGACAGCAUUGGUAGGACGCCGCUUCAUCAUGCAGCGGUCAGUGGUUGCUUGUCCUGCUCUGAGACACUGUGGGAUUUUAAAGCCAGUCUGGAUGUCCAGGAUGGGGACGGGGAAACCCCUCUGAUCUUGGCAGCUCAGAUGAGCCGAGUGGAGCUGUGUGUCUUUCUGUUGGGUCGAGGUGCCAAUGCCAACAUUCAGGACAACCAGGGAAGGUCUGCCUUGAUGCUGGCGUGUGAGAGUGACAGCAUAGAGACAGUAGAAGCUCUGCUGAGAGGCGGGGCCAACACACAGCUGGAGGACGCCCUCGGACACAAUGCCAUCGACUACAGCAUAACCACGGGCAACCAACUCAUCAUAGAGAUGUUGCAGAACGGUGUACCUCCAGCUCCUGAGGGCGAGGAGAUCAAGGGGAUGCCACCUUCUCCACACCCCAGGAAUCCUGCUCCUCCUGAGCCCCAGUCUCUCUCUCCCGCUCCCCAGCCUCCAGAGACACAAUCAGCCAUGCAGGCGGAGGACGAGGAGGUGUUUGAGGAGAUUCGACGGCUGCGUCAGGAGCGAGGCCGCCUGCUCCAGAAGAUCAAAGCCUUGGAGCAGCAGCACCAGAGCGCCCUCUCUGCCUUGGAAGAGGUGCUGCACCCCUUCUUAUUUAUAGCUCCUCAAAAUGAUUAA